CUAGUUUUGCUAGACCAUGUUUUUUUAAUAAUUUAAGGUAAAUUUUAUCUGAUAAGGUGGAUCCAAUGAAUUCCAGUUAUAUUUUACUCAUCAUAUGGGGUUUGUUGAUCAAAGAAGGAAUUGGCUGCCUUGAAUGGAUCUCGUCGGCAGAUGGCAGGUACAGGAGACAUUGCUACUCGUUUAUAAGAAGUCCGUCUCCAAUGAACACUCUUGAGGCAGACGACUACUGUCGAUUAACGACUGGUGGACGACUGGCGCCGUACAUAGACUCAUUCCAGUACAACCACCUGCUUAGUUUACGGCCAGCGGACGCAGCAACCACGUUCAUUGGAACCAAUGAUAUUGCAUUGGAAGACACGUGGGUAAACUUUGACGGAACUCCGAUCCAUAAUAAUGGAUUUAUAUAUACGAUGACAAACUAUCCCGUAGAUCAACCUAAUGGAGGAGCCGGACAGAACUGUGCUGUUAUCAAUGCAAAACCUGGUGAUGCGACAUACAUUCCAAGCGAAACACAGGACAAAUCCUGUACAACACAUUCAUCAACUGACAUGCUUUGUUACAACGAAGAAUAUACCGGACAGUGUUUGUCCUGGACCUCCACCGCAGACUCAAAGUACAGGAGUCAUUGUUACUGGCUGACGUCAACACCAGGAGGCGCCACUGACUGGAGAGUGACUGACGCCAUGACCAAGUGUCAGUGCGAGGGGGGACAACUUGCACCAGUGAUCGAUGACCUCCAGUUUGCGUUUCUUACGAAUCUUUUGAGCACCAUUUCUGGCACAACAGGUGUAGCAACCAGUGCUUGGUUUAGUAAUCACAACAUCAAGGGAACCCCUGCCAACUGGAAUGGAGAUCCAUCUACAGCCUCGUUUUCAUCUACUCCUCCAGCUGGAGAAUACUGUUUUCUGACAUCGACUGGAGGAACACAAACUUGGCAACCAUGUAGCUACACUGACAUUGCUAAUAUAAAUGGCGCUAUUUGUUACACGGAAGCGUUAGCAGCGCCGGUACCUGUAACCUCCAAUGUCUCUGCAAUGACUAUAGAGGAAAGGAAGAAGGAACUCACUAUAGAUCCAAAGGAAACUAAUGCAUUCAAAUUGUCAAAGAUCAGUGUGUACGAGGACCGACCUACAGCCAAGGGUAUCGGCAUUCUCGGCAUUGCCUUGCUUGGAUCAUUCUUUGCAUUCAUCAUAGUACUGGAUUGUCAACGUUUAGAACAAUUUUGCUCCCGAAAAACAGACUCAACAUCUGCUUGAGAGCCAGACGUUUCGAUGUCGUUUGUUUCGGCAAACACAAUUUUUUGAAUGCAUAGGGAUUUGUUUUA